AUGUUCAGCUUCAGCCCCACAGAGACCUCAAACCAGACCACCACCACCACCAACCCUCUCAAGCACCUCUUCGACACUAUCUUCUCCUACGACGGCAAUGUCAUGCUCGCUGCCUUGGUCUCCCUCCUCCUCGUCAUUCUCUUCGUCCUCCUCCUUCACGUCUACGCCAAAUGGUUCUUAUCCCAAGCUCACCACCGCCGCCGCGGCUCCAUGGCCGUCUCCCGCCGCGUCCUCGGCCCCAACCGCUUCCAGCAUUUCCACACCUUCACCUUCGACCCAACUACCAACAACCUCACCACCAAUGCUCCCAAGGGUCUCGACACCUCCACGAUCGCCACCAUUCCUCUGUUUGUGUACAAAUCUGAAGAGCAGUGUUUUCUCGAGUGUGUUAUUUGUCUGAGCCCAUUUGAGGACGAAGAAGUCGGCCGGAGGUUGUCCAAAUGCGGUCACUGCUUUCACGUAGAGUGCAUCGAUAUGUGGCUACAUUCGCAUACGAGCUGCCCGAUUUGCCGAGCUCCGGUAGUCACACCGUCACAGUCUGAUCAGCCCAAAACCGAUCAGGUGGGUGAGGAAUCUGUACCGGAAGGGGCAGUAGUUAUUGAAGUUUCGGAUUCGGGGUAUGUUGAGAACCAUCAUGAUGUUGUUGAAGAAACUAGUGCUGAUUCUUUAAGGGAUGAAUCUUCGUCUUCGCCAUUGAUGGUGGGUUGUUCGUUGAAGAGAAUGCUGAGCAGGAAUAGACGAGAAAGCAAGUUGUUCCCAUCUACAAAUGGGACUGAUGCGAGCGUUUGA